AUGAUGAGCUCUGUGUUAAUUGAUACAUCGUGUUUCGUACAUGAGAUUCCGUUGAACAUUUAUCGAACUGUGUGUGGUCAAUUGGAUCAAAAUGAUCGUUGGCAGAAGUUGGCACGUGAGAUUGGCUUCGAGAAUUCGGUCAUCGAUGAAUUGAAGCAGUCACCAACACCGUCAUCGAAAUUGUUGUCAUUGUGGGGAGAUCAAAACCAUACAGUGGCCGAAUUAUUCAUGGCAUUUCAUCGAAUGAAGGAGAAUCGAUUGAUGGAACAACUUCGGGACCUCGUUGACCAAUCAUAUCAUCGUCUCAUUGUUGCAAAAAGUUCAUCGUUCUCCUCGUUGAAAGCCCAAGUUCAAGCGUUAACGAAACCAUACAAUCAUCAUAAAAAAUCAAAUUCAACACCCAGAUCCGAUAGCUACAAACCGGAUGUCAAUCCAUUUGACAUUAUCUGUGCCGGCAUUCCACAAAUUUCUUUGGACGAAUUGACUCGUGCAACAAACAAUUGGAGUGGAAAUCAAGAACUCGGUGCUGGCGCCUUUGGAACUGUUUACCGAGGAAAAUGGAAAUGCACCGAAGUGGCAAUCAAACGUAUCGACUGCAAUGGAUACGAUAAAAGUGCAACGACAAAAAAACGUCUCAAGCAAGUGGUGAUUGAAAUGCGUUUUUUGAACGAACAUCGACACGACAACAUUCUUCCACUGUACGGAUACAGUUUCAACGGUUCAUCGGCAUGUUUGGUGUAUCAAAUGAUGGCGUGCGGUUCGUUGGAACUUCGAUUGAGACACAAAAAAUUACCACUCACAUACAAACAACGACUGAAUAUUGCUAUCGGCACCGCUCGGGGACUUCAAUUUCUGCACACAUUCCACAAACGAGCCACGGUACAUGGAGACAUUAAAUCAGCAAACAUUUUGCUUGACAGCAAUUUACAACCGAAAAUCGGCGACUUUGGAUUAGCCUGUCGAACAAGCGGUCACACCAAAUCGAAACGUGUGUACGGUACUCAUGCUUAUUUGGCCGAUGACUUCAUUUCGUCGCUUAUAAUUAGCACUAAAAAUGACGUAUGGGCGUUUGGUGUGAUCUUGUUUGAAUUGGCUACCAGUCUUCGUGCGUAUGACGAGCGUCGCGGCAGUUACAGUAAACUUUCACGAUACAUUUGGGCAUUCAACGAAUCACCUCAGCGACUCAACGAAUUGGUUGAAGGACACUCGAAAAAAACAUCGAAAAAUGCAAAUCCAAUCCUAAUGCAAUUGGUUCACAUCGGGUUUUCAUGCACUCGAAAACGUGCCGCUGACCGACCUGAAAUGUCCGACAUUUUAAAUUCACUCUUGGAAAUAUCAUAA